CAGCUAUAGAAAAGGAUACAUUUGAGGCUUUUAUUGGGAUCAGUGAUGUUCAGUGAUGUGUCUGUAGACUUCUCUCAAGAGGAGUGGGAAUGCCUGGACUCUGUGCAGAGGGACUUAUACAGAGAUGUGAUGUUGGAGAACUACAGAAACCUCAUCUCACUGGGACCUAGCAUUCCUAAGCCUCAAGUGGUCUCCUUGUUGGAACAAGGGAAAGAGCCCUGGAUGGUUGGCAGAGAACUGACAAGAGGCCUGUGUUUAGAUCUGGAAUCAAUGUGUGAAAGCAAGUUAUUAUCUCUCAAAAAGGAAGUUUAUGAAAUAGAGUCAUGUCAGAGGGAAAUAAUGAGUCUUACAAAGAAUGGCCUUGAAAACUCUAGUUUUAUAGAUGUUUGGGAAUACAGAAGCCACUUUACAAGACAAUUGGGAUACCACAAUGGACAUUUAAAGCAGGAAAUACUUACUCAAGAAUAUAUGCCCCAAUUUAUGCAACAGACAUUCCUUACUCUUGAUCAGAUAUUUAAUAAUGAAGAGAAACUCUAUGAGUGUAAAAAAUGUGGAAAGGCCUUUAGUCAGAGCUCACAAUUUAUUCAACAUCAGAGAAUUCAUGUUGGUGAAAAAUCUUACAAAUGUAAAGAGUGUGGGAAAUUUUUUAGUUGUGGUUCACAUGUUACUCGGCAUCUAAAAAUCCAUACUGGAGAAAAACCCUUUGAAUGUAAAGAAUGUGGAAAGGCCUUCAGUUAUAGCUCAUACCUUUCCCAACAUCAAAGAAUUCAUACUGGUAAGAAACCCUAUGAAUGUAAAGAAUGUGGGAAAGCCUUUGGUUAUUGCUCAAAUCUCAUUGACCACCAACGUAUUCACACUGGUGAAAAACCAUAUGAAUGUAAACUAUGUGGGAAAGCCUUUACUAAAAGCUCACAACUCUUUCAACAUGUGCGAAUUCAUACAGGUGAAAAACCCUAUGAAUGUAAAAAUUGUGGCAAAGCCUUUACUCAGAGCUCAAAGCUGGUUCAGCAUCAGAGAAUCCAUACUGGUGAGAAACCCUAUGAAUGUAAGGAAUGUGGCAAAGCCUUUAGUAAUGGCUCAGCACUUAUUAAUCAUCAGAGGAUUCACACUGGUGAGAAACCUUAUGAUUGUAAAGAAUGUGGGAAGGCUUUUACUCAGAGCUCACAACUUCGUCAACAUCAAAGAAUCCAUGCUGGUGAGAAACCUUUUGAAUGUCUUGAAUGUGGAAAAGCCUUUACUCAGAACUCACAACUUUUUCAACAUCAGAGAAUCCAUACAGAUGAAAAACCAUAUGAAUGUAAUGAAUGUGGAAAGGCCUUUAAUAAAUGUUCAAACCUUACUCGACACUUGAGAAUUCAUACUGGAGAGAAGCCUCGUAGCUGUAAGAAAUGUAGGAAGGCAUUUAGCAGUGGCACAGAUCUCAUCUGCCAUCAAGGAACUCAUAUUAACGAACAGCAGUACACAAUUUAUACCAAGUUCAUCAUUCACCUCUAUAAGCUGGACUGCUUCCAGGAGCUUUAUGUGGGCCAUGCCUAUUUCCUGGACCAGGUGCUCAGUUCAGGUCCAUCUGAGCUCUGUUCUGCACUCCUCAGUUCUCUCUGUGCUCAGCCACGUGAAGAUUUCUGGGCAUUGACGUCGCAGGUCUAUAUCUCUGGACCAGUUUCCAGAGCCCGCGGACCGGAAAGAGAAACUGAAGAAGGAAGAAUGGCUGUUGGCCUUUGUAACGUUAUGUGUCAGGGAUUGGUGACUUUUAGAGAUGUGACGCUAGACUUUUCCCAAGAGGAGUGGGAAUGGCUUGAUUCAUCUCAGAAAGAUUUAUACAGGGAAGUCAUGUUGGAGAACUACAGGAACUUGGUAUGGCUUGGACUCUCCAUUUCUAAACCCGAAAUGAUCUCCUUAUUGGAGCAAAAGAAGGAGCCUUGGAUGGUUGAAAGACAGAUGUCACAUGGUCACUGUGCAGACUGGAAGUCUUGGUGUGAAAUGAAGGAAUUAUCCUCAAAAUGGUUCACUGAUGAAGAAAAACUAUCCAAAGGAAUGCUAAUGAGAAGGAUCAAGAAUCAUAGCCUUCAAUGCUCCAACUUUAGAGAAGCCUGGAAAUAUGAGGGUGAAUUUGCAUGGCAUCAGGGAAAUCAGGAAAGACACUUCAGGCAAGUGUCAACUCUUAAGAACAUCUCUACUGGGAAAAGACAUAAUGAAUACAAUAAUUCUAAGAGAAGCAUCCCCCUGGAGUCAGUCCUAUUUACACAACAGAGAACUCCCAUAGUAAAGCAAGUACAUAAAUUUGAUAUUUAUGAUAAAAUAUUCUCUCAGAAUUCAGUCAUAAUUGAAUAUGAAAGACUCCAUCCUGAGAAGGAAUCUUUGAUAGAUACUGAAUGUGAAGAACUCAGUCAGAGUAUGCAAUUUAGUAAAGAAAUAAGAAUUCCUCCUGGUGAGAAACUUUAUGAAAGUCAUGAUUUUUCAGAUCUCUUGAAUUUCCACUCAUUGUUUAUUCAACAUCCAACUAGUAAUUUUGGAAAAUUAUCCCAUGACUAUGAUGAAUUUGGUGAUGCCUAUAGCUGUUACUCAUUCUUUACUCAGCCUCAAAGAAUUCACAGUAGAGAAAAACUGUAUGCAUGCAGUGACUGUGGAAAAGCCUUUAGCCAUCACUUCUUUCUCAGUGAACAUCAAAGAACUCAUAAGGGAGAGAAAUUAUUUGAAUGUAAGGAAUGUAACAAAGCCUUUAGACAGAGUGCACACCUUGCUCAACAUCAGAGAAUCCAUACUGGAGAGAAACCUUUUUCAUGCGAUGAAUGUGGGAAGGCCUUUAGCCGUUAUGCUUUCCUUAUUGAACAUCAGAGAAUUCACACAGGAGAGAAACCUUAUGAAUGUAAGGAAUGUAACAAAGCCUUCAGACAGAGUGCACACCUUAAUCAACACCAGAGGAUUCACACUGGAGAGAAACCCUAUGAAUGUAAUCAAUGUGGGAAGGCCUUCAGCAGACGAAUAGCCCUUACUCUUCACCAGAGAAUUCACACGGGAGAAAAACCCUUCAAAUGCAAUGAAUGUGGGAAGACCUUUGGCUAUCGCUCACACCUUAAUCAACAUCAGAGAAUACACACUGGAGAAAAGCCCUAUGAAUGCAUGAAAUGUGGAAAGUUUUUUAGGACUGAUUCACAACUUAAUCGACAUCAUAGAAUUCAUACUGGAGAAAGACCAUUUGAAUGCAGCAAAUGUGGGAAAGCCUUCAGUGAUGCUUUAGUUCUAAUUCAUCAUAAGAGAAGUCAUGCUGGAGAGAAACCCUACGAAUGUAACAAAUGUGGGAAAGCCUUCAGUUGUGGCUCAUACCUUAACCAGCAUCAACGAAUUCAUACAGGAGAGAAACCUUAUGACUGUGAUCAGUGUGGGAAAGCUUUCCAUCAGAUCUUGUCUCUUAGGCUACAUCAGAGGAUUCAUGUGGGAGAAAAGCCCUAUAAAUGUAAUGAAUGUGGGAAUCAUUUUAGCUGUGCCUCAGUUCUUAGACGACAUCAGAGAAUUCAUAAUAGAGAACCCCUCUGGUUUUCACCUAACUCAGGGCAGCGGCUGAGGCCUGAGUGGUUACUUCCACGUCUGAAGGGAAGGGUCCAGAAGAGAAAAGAAAUGGCUGUUGGACUUCUUAAAGCCGUGUACCAGGAGUUAGUGACCUUCAGAGAUGUGGCUGUGGACUUCUCCCAAGAGGAAUGGGACUGUCUGGAUUCUUCUCAAAGGCAUUUGUAUAGUAAUGUGAUGUUGGAGAAUUACAGGAUCUUGGUAUCCCUGGGUCUUUGCUUUUCUAAACCAAGUGUGAUACUGUUGUUGGAACAAGGAAGAGAGCCAUGGAAGGUAAAGAGAGAGCUGACAAAUGGCUUGAGCUCAGGUUGGAAAUCUGUGUGUGAUACUGAAGAAUUAACACCAAAGCAGGAACUUUAUGAAGAACAGUCAUCCCAGAAGAUGAUAGAAAAAUUUACAAGCUAUGACCUUAAGUACUCCAGUUUGAGAGAAGACUGGAAAUAUGAGGACAAUUUUGAGAGGCAACCAGGAAAUCAGAAUGCAUGUUUUAAGGAAGAAACAAUCCUUUAUACAGAAGACUUUGUUGGAGAAACAGGCCAAGAAUAUGAUAAAUCUUGGAAAAAUUUCUACCAGAACACACUCCUUCAUGUACAACAGAUAAUCCCCAAAGAGGAGAAAGUAUUUAAACAUGGCACACAUAAGAAGAGCUUUAAAGCAAAUUUAAUGACUAUUAAGCCCAAAAAUGUAUAUGCAGAGAAAAAACUUUUGAAAUGUAAUGAUUGUGAGAAAGUGUUCAGCCAGAGUUCAUCCCUUACUCUUCAUCAAAGAAUUCAUACUGGAGAGAAACCCUAUAAAUGUGUAGAAUGUGGAAAAGCCUUCAGCCAGAGAUCAAACCUUGUUCAACAUCACAGGAUUCAUACUGGAGAAAAACCUUAUGAAUGUAAGGAAUGCAGGAAAGCUUUUAGUCAGAAUGCACAUCUAAUUCAGCAUCUGAGAGUUCAUACUGGAGAAAAACCUUAUGAAUGUAAAGUAUGUAGGAAAGCCUUCAGCCAGUUUGCCUACCUUGCUCAACAUCAGAGAGUUCAUACUGGAGAGAAACCCUAUGAAUGUAUUGAGUGUGGGAAAGCAUUUAGCAAUAGGUCAUCCAUUGCUCAACACCAGCGAGUACAUACUGGAGAAAAACCUUAUGAAUGUAAUGUUUGUGGGAAAGCAUUUAGCCUUCGUGCAUACCUUACUGUACAUCACAGAAUACAUACUGGAGAGAGACCCUAUGAAUGUAAAGAAUGUGGGAAGGCCUUCAGCCAGAAUUCACAUCUUGCUCAACAUCAGAGAAUACAUACUGGAGAAAAACCUUAUAAAUGCCAGGAAUGUAGGAAGGCCUUCAGCCAGAUUGCCUAUCUUGCUCAACAUCAAAGAGUCCAUACUGGAGAGAAACCUUAUGAAUGUAUAAAAUGUGGGAAGGCUUUUAGCAAUGACUCAUCCCUUACUCAGCAUCAGAGAGUCCAUACUGGAGAAAAACCUUAUGAAUGCAAUGUUUGUGGGAAGGCUUUUAGUUACUGUGGAUCCCUUGCCCAACAUCAGAGAAUUCACACAGGAGAGAGACCGUAUGAAUGCAAAGAAUGCAAGAAAACCUUCAGGCAACAUGCACAUCUUGCUCAUCAUCAGAGAAUUCAUAUUGGGGAAUCAUUCUCACCACCCAAUCCAGCCAACCACCAAGUCCUGUAA